AUGCACAGCUGCAACGGGACAAUGCAGACCCAAAGGCGAACUACAACAAACACAUAAAACACAAAAAUACCAAACACUGGUUUUAUCUGACCCUGUGGAGGCGAACGAGCUCUGCCGCAUGGAGGGAUGACUAAGCAAGGCUGAGAAAGAUGAGAGCGCUGUGGUUGCCCGGCUGCCCUGCUCCAGCCCUGUGCCUGCUGCUUCUGGUUCUCCUGGAGCUCUUGGGGGCCUCGGUGCUGUCCAUCUGCCCAGCCGUGUGCCACUGCAGUCGGGGACAUAGAGUGGUGGACUGCUCCUCUCGAGGUCUCACCAAACUGCCCCCCGGUCUACAGCACAACAUACGAUUCCUCAACCUUUCCUUUAACAGUUUACAGUCUUUGGACAGCCAGCUGAGCCACUAUGCCCACCUCCGCACUUUGGACCUAUCCUACAACCGCCUGCAGACUCUACCGUCCGCUUUGCCCCGAUCGCUGUGGGACUUCCGGGCGACUGGGAACCACCUACGCUCCCUGGACAAAAACGACACCGCUUACCACUGGAACCUUAAAGUAUUAGACCUAUCCGACAACGAACUGGAGCGAAUCGUGUUCAUAAACAACACUCUUCCAGGGCUACAAAUUUUAAAUCUUAGCUACAACCGAUUUUGGACUGUUCCAACUAAUAUGCCACACAAUUUGGAGACUAUAGAUUUGUCGCAUAACUUCUUGGUUCAAAUUCUGCCUGGAUCGCUGGAUAGACUCUCCAAAUUGAAUCGUUUUUUCUUGCAUAACAAUAAAUUUUCCUGGCUGCACGAGGGAGUGUUUGAAAAGCUAUCCGCGUUGGAGAUCAUGAGUUUGGGCGACAAUCCUUGGGCGUGCGAAGAGGAAGAAAACAUGACAAAACUAUUAAAAUGGGCAGAGCAAACGCGCGCGGCUAUAUUCGGAUGCCCAUGUUACACGAAACCCGUUUGUGGACGUUCGCAACUGGCAACUUCGAAUACAGAUUGGCUUUCGAAUCUCUUCACCGAGCCGCCGUAUUGGGUUAGCGAAAGGACUGUGUUAGCCACGCCGAGCUACAGGGCUAAGUCGGCGAUGUUUGAAAGUGGGAUUUUUCAGGACAAAAUCAAUGACUCUAUGGAGGCUUUGGAGCUGACGAGUUUAGCCACGCAAACAAGCACAACAGCAAGAACCAAUAUGGCGACCAAGAAAAUACGCAUUUCAAGAAACAGUGGGAAAAGACUUGAGAUUCAAAAUCUUGGCAUAUUAAUGGUAACACUGACCACAAUAUACAGUUUCAAUUGGUGCUAAAAAAUGAAAUGGUGUAAUAACAGGUCAGCCAUAACAUUAUAGACACUAAUUGCAUUGGUAUCGAUACUAAAAAAGUCCCAUUCACAGGACAGAAAUUAACGUUUCCGGAAUAUCUUUAGAAUGAUCUUGAGCGGUAUCGGUAAAAGUAUAAGAUCACAUAGACUAGUAUACGCCCCUGGACCACUAUGAAACCUACCUGGACCACUGAGGGAGUACACAAAUAUAAGGCCACAUGGGAAUAGAAAAGAAAGUGCUACCAUUUAACGUUGAAAAUCAUAUCCUAUUGUCUAAAGAAAGUGUUGUUUAAUAUCAUUGUGGUAUCGGUAUUGACUAUCAAGUCUAUUCCUUAGUGUCGAAAUAGAGAAAUGAAAUGUUCAAAUGUUAGUACGGUGCAAACACUACAAGUGUUAUAAGUGUUUUAUCACAAAGAACUGAAAACAGUAACAAUGGCUGUCUGUUUCAUAGCAUAGGUUGCAUAGGGUCAGGCCCACAACGACAAAACUUGUACUGAGAAAUAGAGGUGAAUGAUUUUUCUAAAAGUAUUUAAACUGCAUUUCUUUCAAGUAUUGCUUUUAGAUUUCCGAUUUAUGUUUUAAAAAUCCACAUUCUGUUCAGAUUUCACAUUUUAAAACAUGUCAAAGAAUAACAUCAAAAGGGCUAAAUCGGAGUAAUCAGGAUGAGUUAAUAAAAAUAAUCGUAUUUUAAUAAUAGUUAAGUGAACUAAACAGACACGGAAACACAAGACAUAAAGACUAAACAUUUUAACAUUAUUUUCUAAGUAUUUUGCACCAAUAACACACUUGACUCAUUAAUAUUCUAUAUCCAUCCAAAAGCCUUCAGUUUUUACCUUUAUUAAACACAUUUUUACCUUUAUUUGGUUAAAAAUGUGUAUUUAAUAAGUCUCAAUGUACAACAGACUAUAGACCAAUCAAAAAAUGCAAAAAUUGCUAAAACAAUCAUUAGUUGUAGCCCUAAACAUAAAAAUAUUUGAAGAAAUUUCAAGAAUCCCAAUGGGUUUCAGAACAUGAUCAUGUACAUAUAAAAACCAGGGACAGCAGGAUGUUUUGAGGAUAAUAUAUGAUAAAUAUUGAUUUGAUUGGUUAACUGUAUUCUGCCACUCAAAACUGCCACGUUUCAAUUCACGUUACGUUUCAAUUGUGAUCAAUCUUGCAGCCGUAUAAAGUAUUUCAU